UUUUUCACGCAUCCUUGCCCCUUAGCUGUCGUCAUCGGGGGCUGGGCUGUAAGGAACGACGACCUUGCUCGCAGCGCUAAUAGGGGGCUUUUCGAUUAGGAAAAUCGUUUGGGUUAUUGAAUAAGCGCUUUUCGGAGUAUUAAUGUGAAAUUUUGGCAGUUUUUUUGCUAUUUUGAAAUAUUUUAGAUUAGCGUGUUCGAAUCCACCUGAAAAUAGGCGCGAAUAAUGUAGCGCAAAUCAAAGCGAUACAAAGCAAAUCAAUCGUAUACCCCCCAACAUAUACCUAUAGUUUUAUCAAUGAAAUCUCCAUUCCUCGCAUACCGAUAGACACCCAUAUAUAUAUAUAUAUAUAUAUACCUAUACAUACCUACACUGACUCCGCGGAGCCAUCAGCGUCUAUAGGUUGCCAGGCAACUCAACAACCGGCCUGCGCUUCCCGCAGUGUAUCGUCCCCCCCGAGUAUAUAUACACAUCGUCGCGAGAUAUAAGUAUUCCAGGAAAAAAAAGAAAACAAAGCAACAAUGCUGGAGUAGAGCCUCGUCGCGACUGCUGCAUGCAGCAGUCGCGCGCCGACGAUAGCUCGAGAGAUAAUAAGCUUCGGCUGAAGACUAUACACGGACAUGGUCAACCAGAGCGAGUUCUGGGCCGAGGUGCGUAGGGGGACGCCUAACGAGGCACACAAGAAGCCGAGAGUCGUGCCCGCGUUCACCAUCCAGGCGCUUCAGGAGAACACGGUGGUAGCCAAGCCCCCUAAAUGCGGGCUCUUCGACGAGCGACCCCCUAAAUCGUCGACCUUCCGUCGGUACUACGAGCGCGGAGUCUUCCCGGUCGCUCUGGAGACCAGUGGCGGUGGUCUCUCCGGUUCCGAGGGCCAGUCUCAACAGCAGCAGCAGAGGGUCGCUUGGAAGGUCGGUUUGGACAAGCUGGACUACCACUUUUAUCUACCGCUGUUCUUCGACGGGCUCACCGAGGCUCGACCCCCUUACAGCUUUCUCGUCGAGCAGGCCAUAACUGAUAUGCUUCAGGCUGGUAGCGUCAAGGUUUUGCCGGUGUUGCCACAGCUCGUCAAACCGAUCAAGAAGGCUCUGGACACCAAGAUCCCGGAGAUCAUCUGCAGAACCCUGCGAGUCCUCCAGCGACUGGUCCGCUGUGGCAACUGCAUCGGCGAGGCUCUAGUCCCCUAUUUCCGUCAGAUCCUGCCGGUCCUCAACCUGCUCAAGGAUCGAAACGUCAACUGCGGCGAGGGAAUAGACUACUCCCAGCAGCGUGGCGAGAACGUAGCCGACCUGAUCCAGGAGACCCUCGAGGUCCUCGAGCAGUACGGCGGCGAGGACUCGUUCAUCAACAUCAAGUACAUCGUGCCCACUUACGAGUCCUGCAUGAAAAAUUAGACGGAAAUGUACAUAACGACUCGUAGAGAGAGAGAGAGAAAUUGCCUCAAUAAAGACUAGCAGAUCUCUA